AUGUCUCAACAAUUUGAAGAAGUUAUAUCGAUUUUAGGGUGUGGUAAUAUAGGUCUAUCGAUUGCACAAGGUCUAGUCAAUUCAAAAGACUUUGAUGCUAAAAAGAUCAUUCUCACCAAGAGGUCGUCUAUGACUUGUCUGGCUGCACGUAGCAACACGUCUCCCAUUGGAACCGACGAACAAGAGGCCAAGACAAACCGCGCACUUCAAGUCACCGACCACAUCUUUUCGCACUUGGGGUCAUGUGUCACAUUGGUCGAGGAACAAAUCGUUCCUGCCACUGCACUCUGUGCUUGUGGAGUUGCCUUUUUCUGUCGUGCAAUCCGUGCCGCCGCACAAGGUGGUAUUGAAAUCGGGUUCCACGCCGAAGACGCCAUUCGCAUUGCCGCACAGACUGCCAAGGGUGCCGCCACCCUUCUACUCGACGGUGGUCACCACCCAGAGUUUGAGAUUGACAAGGUAACCACUCCACAGGGUUGCACUAUUGCCGGUUUGAACCAAAUGGAGCAUAGCGGAUUCUCGAGUGCCAUGAUCAAGGGUAUUGUCACCUCUGCUGAAAAGGCCGCUUCCUUGUACAACUCUAAAAAAUCUAAAAAUACUUCUACCGCUCCACGUAUGGCUCCACCUCCACCAGUCGUCGAAGCUACCGUCCAAGAACCAAACGCCCAUUCUACUCUAUCAUCCUCAUCGGCACCAUACCAUCCAGCCAGUAGUGAAAAGAAAUCAUAUAAUGAAAAGAAAUCAUCAUACAAAGGAUCAGGAGGUGAAGAACAAUCACCAUCAUCUUAUAGUAAUUAUAAAAAUGAUGAUCAACAACAUUAUAAUAAUGACAAAAAUAAUAAUGGUAAUGGUAAUAAUAAUGGUAAUAGUUAUCAUGGUGGUUAUAGUAAUGGAAAUAAUGAUCGUGGUGGAUUCCCAAAAAGAGGUGGUAGAGGUGGAAGAGGAGGAGGUAAGCCAUUUAGAGGAGAUGGUAAACCAUUCAAUGAAGAUUUCCAUCGUGAACGUUUUGGAAAUGAUCGUCAUCAACAAGGAGAUCAACAAGGAAGAGAAGGAGGUGAAGAACCAUUUUUCCAAAAACGUAGAGCUUUUAAAAAAGAAGCAAAAUAUCAAGCAAAAACAAAUCAAACUACCUCCUCCUCCACAACAAAUCAAACAACCACCACCUCACAACCACCAAUAACAACAAAUAAUAAUAAUCAAGAACAAUCAACUGCCUAA